AAUCCUACACGUCGUGUUGCUACCUAUAUUAAUUAACGAACGCAAAUGGCAAAUGGCAAAUGGAGACUGUUCUCUCAUCAUGAACGACAAGAUGAGAAGGAGAGGCUCAAGCGACGGUUGCAUGAACACCCCUCCUUCUCCUCCUCCUCCUCUCCAUUCGUUUGAGGUGUUGCGUCGUACGCCUCUGAACCGAGCUUUUGCACUCGUAUAUGCGACUGCCAUCUCGGCUUUGCUCUAUCGCCAUGCCCUCUGUCUCCUCUCUAGCUCUGCAACUACCUUCUUUUCCUUCUCCCUUUCUUUCUCCUUGCUAAUCUCCGACGCCGUUCUCGCCUUUAUGUGGGUAGCCAGACAGGCCUUCCGGAUGCGUCCCGUCCGUCGCAAGGUACUCAUAGAGAAUCUCAGUCGGGUCGUUGAUGAGAAGAACUUCCCGGCGUUGGACGUGUUUAUAUGCACUGCCGACCCAUUCAAGGAACCUCCGUUGAGCGUCGUUAACACUGCUUUAUCAGUCAUGGCCUACGAUUAUCCAACAGACAAGGUGUCUGUGUACGUAUCGGAUGACGGGGGUUCGCAGCUUACGCUCUUUGCUUUCAUGGAAGCUGCCAAGUUUGCUACACACUGGUUGCCUUUCUGUAAGGAGUUUCGAAUAGAGGAAAGGUGCCCCGAUGCGUAUUUUGGAUCCACUCACAGUUGCGCCCAAACGGAGAAGAUGAAGAUGAUGUACGAGAGCAUGAAAGCGAAGGUAGAAGGUGUGAUGGAGAGGAGAGGUGGACCGGUCGAUGACGUCAUCACCAACCACCAUCAUCGCCAGGCUUUUAAUAAAUGGACGUCCGGAUUUACACGUCGAGAUCAUCCUACAAUAAUUGAGGUUUUGUUGGAUAGUGGGACGGAUAAGGACAUUACUGGCCGUGCAAUGCCAAACCUGGUGUACGUCUCCCGGGAAAAAAGCAGUAGUUGGCCCCACCAUUUCAAGGCCGGAGCCCUCAACCCUAUAUAA